AUGAGUCGUUCUAAUUUGAGUAGUCCUUAAUAGAGAAAAGUUUAAUUAAAUUAAGUGGGAAUUGACAGAAAAUUUCGAUUAAAAAGAUUAACUAAUUCAUUAAAAGAAAACUAAUUUACAUAUCUUCUAUUCGGAUUUAAAGCAGAUGAAAGAUAGGAAAAUAUUUAUAUAAAGGAGUUUCAAAGAUAAAUAUAAAAUACUCAUUCAUUAGGUGUUAUGAAUAUUGCUGACUUAUGGUCAAAUAAAUAAAUUAAUAGGUUUAUUGAAAUAUAAAACUUUUCUAAAGAUAAAUUCUUGCUUUCAUAAUUGUCAAAGUAGAGAGUUAGAAUUAAAAUGGAAAAACAAGAGUUACCAGUUUAAUUACAUUAUGAAAAAAUUAAAAGUGAAAAAUUGACACUUUAAGAAAUUCUCGAUAAAGCUAAUAAAGAACAUUAUGAAAAUAAUGAUUUAAAAUCUAGAAUACGAAAAUUGAUCACACAGAAGGCUCAUUCUGAAAAUGUUUGA